GUUAUUGGCAGAGGCCACUGAUUGUUUAUUGGGCUUUUUCUCGUUUUUAAAUCGGCAUGAAAUCAAAUCAAUUAUUAUUUAGUAAUUAUAGAGGGUUUUAAUGUAAAAAUAAAUUGAUAGAUGGCUUUCAUAAAGAAAGGAAAAAAGAAAGAGGCGACGUAAAUUUAAUUUAACAGCUCAAGGGAGUAGCACUAUCAAAUUUUAACAGAGUCGUAACAGAACAGCUGUUAUCGAUCACAUGUAAUGCCAGAACUGUUGAUAUACUCAAAAUUAAUAUAAUAAUACACCAAAGGGAAAAUAAUAAUAUUGCAAAUAUCGAACUCUAUCGAUGCAUGAUAUCGAUAUUUAUGCCUUGCAGAAUAUCGCCUGCAAAUCCAGGCCAUCUCUAGUGCAAAACAUAGCAAAAACAAUUGCGCGAUAGAAAUAAUUUUAGAAAUACCAUUAAAUUAGACAGUUUUAACAAUAGAACAAUUGUUAUUGUGUUCGAGCACGAGUUGCCCAAAGUUCUGAUAGCAUAUAGAAGGUGUUCGAGUCACAGGCGAAACAGAGACAAAAUGAUGAGCCUGCUUGGGCGACCCGAUGUUGAUGCGGGCGAGGUGUUUGUCAAUUUCAAUCAAAACAUAACUUCUCUGGCUGUGGCAACCAGUGGAAGUUAUAGCCUUUAUAGUCUCGGUUCCGUUGACUCAACACUGGACAAAAUCUAUACAACAAAGAGCGAUGAUCUAUUUCUGAUCGAGCGUCUUUUCGAGAGCUCUCUGGUUGCCAUUGUGUCGCAGCGUGCGCCACGCAAACUGAAGGUGUGUCAUUUCAAGAAGCAGAGCGAAAUCUGCAAUUAUUCGUACUCGAACACAAUCCUGGCCGUCAAGCUGAAUCGCGAACGUUUGAUUGUCUGCCUGGAGGAAUCGCUGUACAUCCACAAUAUACAGGACAUGAAGGUGGUGCACACCAUACGCGAUACGCCCUGCAAUCCGUUAGGCUUGUGUGCGCUCUCCUCAUCGUCGGAUCACUGUUAUCUCGCCUAUCCGGGCAGCGUGACCUCGGGCGAGGUGCAGAUCUUCGAUGCGAUCAAUUUGCAUGCCAAGACAAUGAUACCGGCCCAUGAUACACCGCUCGCUGCCAUCGCGUUCAGCCCGUCGGGCACAGAGAUUGCCACGGCCAGUGAGCGUGGCACCGUGAUUCGGGUCUUUAGCGCCCAGGAUGGCAGUCGGCUCUUUGAGCUGCGUCGUGGUCUCAAACGUUGCGUCUCCAUUGUCUCGCUCUCGUUCAGCUCUUGCGCCGAUUACUUGGUAUCCAGUUCGAAUACGGAGACGGUGCACAUAUUUCGUUUGGAUCGCAGCACUGCCGAUAGCAAUGAUCAUGGGAAACAGUCCAGCGACGACUGGAUGGGAUUCUUGAGCAAAACGGUGACCAGCUACUUGCCGACCCAGGUGACCGAUGUGUUCAGCCAGGGACGGGCUUUUGCCUCGGUCACGCUGCCGGAGGCGGGUGUGCGACGCAUGUGCGCCAUUACCACGAUACAGAAGCAGCUAAGGCUGAUGAUUGCUUCACAGGACGGUUAUUUGUAUGUGUAUUCCAUACCCUCGGUUGAGGGUGCAGAGUGUCAGUUGAUAAAGCGACAUGAUCUUCGCCUGGACGAUAAUUAUGCCAUGGAUGUCAAAGGUCUGAACAGUAAUGUUAGCAUUGGUGGUGCUGCCGGUGUUCCAAGUGGUGCUGCUGCAGCCGCUGCUGCUUCUGCUGGAGGCGAUGGCAAGGCGACAACUGACAAGCCAGGUAGCUCAACGGGCGGUGGAAAUGCUGGCGCCAGCUAUGCCUCCGCCGUUAAGGGCGAUGAACCGCCGGCCGGCUCCUCCACCUCCUCGUCCACUUAGGUGCAAUUCAACAACUCACUCAAAACCAACCACAGCAACAGAAGACGAAGAAGUACAUCAAACAUAACUUAAAGAAAGAAAGAAUGAAUGAAUGAAAGAAAAAAAAGGCAGAACUCACUCCUCAAAGUACUAAGGACGACGAUGAUAAAAGUGAUUGAAUUUGGGUCAUGCAGCUGGCGACGUGUGUGUGGCGCAAACAAAAAUAAGUAAAUAAAUGAAAUAGGUCUUAGACUUAGCUUUUAACAUUAAUCAAUGACGAUUCUUCCUCGGUUUAUAAGUAAAAAGUUAAAGCAUACAUAUAUAGAUCCAAGCAUUAUUGAGUGACAAGUUAAAAAAUGAAGAAAAAACCCUUCCUCAAGCAAGCAAUUUUUUAGUUUUAAGUUAUGUUCGUGGCGCUGCCAUUGGUAGAGAAUAUGCUUUUGUCAUACAAUUUUAAGUUAGCUGUUAUAGUUUUUUAAAUUUAAUAUUUACACACUUGCUUUCAACAUUUAAUCACUUAUUAAAUAAAUCGCCUUUGU